AUGGUUGAGAAUAUCAUACAAACUAAUUCGUUAUCACAACUAAUAGCGGGAAAACUUGGUGGACCUAAAGUUGAAUAUUCAAGGUCGCGGGGAUUCUGGCGAAUAGUACUUAAUUCGCUUCUGAAUCUCAAGAUGACCUAUUCAAACUCAACAGGGUCAACGCUAUGCUCAGACUUAGCUUUAGAAGGUGAACGAUUUUAUCGUGAUGGUGAUUUUAACAAGGGGAUAUCGUGUUUUCUUAAAGCACUAGCCGUUGGAACAGAUGAUCUCAAUUGUUUAUCCGUUAUCUAUUGUCAGUUAGGCAAUGCAUACUUCAAUCUACAAGAUUAUGCCAGAGCUUUGGAAUAUCAUCGAUGGAAUUUUGCUCUAGCAAGGAGAAUGGGUGACAGCGUUGCUGAAGUUUGCGCAACUGGUAAUCUGGGCAAUACACUUCAAAUGUUAGGGAAAUAUGAAGAAGCAAUAAUGUGUUUCACGCAUGAACUAGAGAUUGCUAAACAAUUAAACGAUAAAAGCAGUGAAGCUGGAGCCUUAUACAAUUUGGGUAAUGUUUAUCAAGCUAAAGGGAAACACUGGUUACCUGAUACUGGUGAAUAUCCUGUGGAUGCGGUUAUUGCACAAAAGAAGGCUGCUGAAUAUUACAAAAUGAAUCUUGAGUUGGUUCGAGCACUUGGUGAACGACCAGCAGAAGGUCGAUCACUUGGUAGUUUGGCGAAUAUUUAUUAUUUAAUGAGUAAUUUUAAUGAAGCGAUUGAAUGCUAUGAAGCACGUUUAAAAAUUGCCAAAGAAUACGGAGAUUUAGUUGCCCAAAGACGUGCUCAUAGUAAUAUUGGCAAUACAUAUAUAUUUUUAGCUGAUUUUAACUCAGCUGUAGAACAUUAUCGAGAAGCCCUACAGUUAUCAAUCUGUUUAAAGGAUGCAUCACUUCAAGCACAGGCUUGCUUUAGUCUUGGAAAUACCUACAUUCUGCUAAGAGAUCCAGCUACUGCAGUUGUAUUCCUAAUUAGACAUUUAAUUAUUGCUCGUAGUUUGGCUGAUCGUAUUGGUGAAGGUCGAGCUCAUUGGUCAUUGGCAACUGCAUAUACUGCUUUAAAAAGAUAUGAUCUAGCAUUACGCUGUUCUAGACGACAUCGUCAAAUAGCUUAUGAAUUGGGUGACAGCACAGGCUAUAUGACAGCUCAUAUGAUGAUUGGUGAAAUUUCUAGCCUAAUGAUGAGUACACAGACAGAGACCACUGCUACUGAUGAUGAUGAUGACCAAACAGAUUCAUCACAAUUUCUCCUCUCUAAUAAUUUAAAAAUACGAACAGCAACAACAGAAACAAAUACAACAUCAGUUUCUUCAUUUCUUUCGUCUCCUCCGUCUACUUCAGUUCAACCAUUAAAUUCUGUUUUAAAUAUAAAUAAUUCAAGAUUGCUCAAUCAUAUUAAUGAUGAUGAUAAUAAUACUACUACUAAUAUUGUCUUGAGUAAUCAUAAUUCUUCAUGUGUAAAUUCUGUCGUCAAUUCAUCUUCAACUACAGCUAAUACUCCUAUUGUCGAUGGUGACAAUUGUACUGUGGUGAAUGGAUUAAAGCUUCCUUCAACACCUACUAAUUCGAGUACUUUAUCUUCUGCUUUACUUGAUAAUUGGAUAAAUACUGAUCGUGUAAAUAGAUUAUCAGGUGGAAAAGCAUCACAUCCUACUGAUACUAGUACAACUCCUGCUGCUACUCUUAAUACAACUACACCUGUCGCCCAAUAUACUGAUCAAGCUACACAAACCGUUGCCAAUGAUCAUGACAUCUUUCAUGAUCAUGAAGACAGUGUAGAUUUAGAAUUAGACAAAGACUUGGAAAGAGAACUGUUAGAAAAUUACGAAGGUAUUCUUGAAACAGUGGAAUUUGUAACUGUAACAGAGGAUGGAGAAACUGUCACCUCACGAAUGGGUUGUCUGGAUAUUCCAACACCCGUUUCAUCAGAGUCUAAGAAGGAGAAUAUGGUUGACUUCUAUCUAAGAAUUCCAGCAUUUCGUCCUAAUUUAUCACAACAGUCUGACACAUCAAAUCUUGGUGAUAUUGAAGGGAAUUUCGAAUCAAUUGAAUCUAUGUCUCAGAUGAAUAGAACUCCUAACUUACCUAAUGAUUUAGCCUAUAGUGGUAACACAGAGUCUGGAAAUACCCACACUGCCAGUUCAUCAGCAGUUGCUGUGGCUGCUGCCUCUUUAGUUGCAGAGGAGCGUUCAGCUGACCAACAAGAAAUGUUUUUCUCUCUUCUUCUUGAAUCUCAAUCUCGUCGUAUGGAUGAACAGCGUUGUUAUCUACGCACUAGUCAAGGCACCCCACCUGUACAGUCGACUGAAGCGGCUACAAAUAUUACUCCAGAAGAAUUAGAUCAUUCUCAGUCAUCUGAAAAUCCACAUCAAACACCGGAUACUUCUAAUUCACCUAUCCAAAGUCAAAUUGGAGCAAAUGAUGAAGCCUUUUUUGAUCUUAUUGAAGGAGUUCAGGGUGAUCGUAUGAAUGAUCAACGCGCUAAUUUAUCUGUUUUCCCGGGGCUACGUUCUGGACCAGGUCUUUAUGUUCUAGAAGGCAAUAAUCGAUAUUUUGGUUCAACUAGUUCAAUGUUCAAGUCAACAAGUAGUGGUGCAAGUGAUGGCCUACCAGAGCCUAAAUUAUAUAGUAGUAAUAGUGGCGGUGUAACUGGAUUACUCUCAGAUAAUUCGUCUGCGCCAAGAGCUGGAGGCAGUGGAGGUGGCGGAGGAGGAGGAGGUACACGUGGACGACGUAGUCAUAUUAUAUCUGGUGGGGAAUUAGAUGAUGAAUUUUUAGAAAUGAUAUUUCGAAUACAGACGUGUACACGAAUAAAUGAUCAACGAAGUAAUUUACCCGAUCCCCUAACACAAAUUCGAUCUCAAACUGAUCAGCCUAACUAUGGUAGGAGUAAUGUUUCAACUUUAGUUGUUGAAAGGGUAAGAGCACCAACAGCGACUCCAGAUGCAGCAGCAACAACAACAACUGCCUCCAAUCCACACAGAGAAUUAUCACCAUACACUUCAUCUAGUGGAUCGUGUAAUCUUACAAAUCGGUGUUCAGCACCAGCUAUUUUAGAUGAUGAUGAUUUAUUUACUUUAAUUCAACGUGUUCAAUCUACCCGUUUAGAUGAGCAAAGAUGUCAUCCCCCACUGCAACAAUCACAAUCUUGUAUACCAACAUCCUCGUCAAUGGGUUCGGUGGCUAAUUCAGUUUCCUCGGCACUUUCAUCAGGAAAUAACAGUAAUAAUAAUAGUAAUAAUUCUAGUAUUGUUCAUAAAUCAAGUAGUCGACGCCGUCUAGGCAGUCGGAAUAGUAAACGGAGUAAUAAUCAAAAUAAAUGA